AUGGAUUCCAGAAACCCAUUCAGUGCCAAAACGGAAAUUGGUUCUUCUUCGAAACAGCAAACAGAUAUUGGUGAAGAUGGUUCUUCUUCAAAUCAACCAAGACCUGGAGUAACCAUCACUAAUCAAUGCACAAAAGAUACUUAUCUUCUCAUCGUGAAAAUUGGGUCUUUUUCUAAUGGAAGAUGCCCUGUUUACAAAGCUCUGUUUUCCAGAAAUAAGCCUCGCUCUAGCGGACCCGUUCCUCGUGGCUAUGUCUCUUUGAAGAUCAUAGACAUGAAACUCCAUCGGAAUGAAUUCAAAUUGAUUCAACAUCAACUUCAAACUCACCUUUAUCUACCUGAGUGUCCCAAAAUAAUUCGAAGCAAGAAAACUUUCUUUGCUUCGAAUUUGUUAUGCGUUAGUUUCCCUUAUAUGUCUGAGGGCUCGCUUCGUUCUAUUCUCUCCACUCGUCCUGAAAAGAAAUUGCCAGAGAAUCUCAUUCCUGUUGUUCUUAAACAAGUACUUAUUGGUCUACGAGAUGAAAUUCAUGAUUUCUGCCGUCCAACUGUUCAUAAGAGUUUGAAUGCCGGAGAUAUCUUUGUUAACAUCAACGAUGAUACGAAUGAAGUGUCGAUCAACUUAGCAUUUGAAUUAUCCGUUUAUGACUCCGGAUCCCCAUUUGAACAAGGUAGAUUGUUUUUGAAUCCGAAUAAUAUUUCUAUGUGGGGUGCUGCACCAGAGGUGUUUGGUAGUGAAAAUGAGGAUAACAGAGGAGAAAAAUCUGAUAUGUGGCUAUUGGGAAUAACAGCACUGGAAUUGGUGUAUGGGAAUUUACCUGUGAAGAAUCGAACGGACUUGAAUUAUAUAAUUAACAAGUUAAGGGAGAAGAAGAAAUUUCCAAAAUCACUUGAAAAGAUGAUCAUCAAGAGGGAUAAUAAAUUGAAGAAAGUGAUGGAUUUAGUUAAACGAAAGAAAAGUGUGUUUUCGAGGGAGUUUGAGGAGAUGGUUCUUUCUUGUCUUAGAGAGAAUCCAGACGACAGGCCAACUGCUUUUGAGCUUUUGAAUACUCCGUUCUUUAAUGAUUUUGAAAAGUUUAAGCAAUUUGUGUUAAUUGAUCAGUGA